UUUCGCUUGAGCCGUCCGGGACGUUUGGUGCUGGGCGCGCAUGUGGUCAUGUCCGUGGGAGGAUUCGUGCCGAGUUCUGCCCCACAAACACAAAAGUUAAUCUUCUGCAGCACCGGACGUGCCAAAGAAGGCACGGCGCACCGUGAAGGUCUGACCUCUCCCUUGACCACCGUGACUGAUGGGGUUGGGGAAGUGUGGCAAGCCCCAUGGAGCCGGGGCGGCCAUUCCUCUGGUGACGUGAUGCGAAGAUGGACGCUCGCUGGCUGAGAGGUCCGCGGUUCGUGGGGACGCUGAUGACAUCCAAUGGACAGGAUGCAAUGAUCUCUGAGCAGCAUCGCCAGCUGAACAGGAAGGUUCCGCCUCUCAGUUCAUCCCUGCUAUUGAGUGGCAACUGUGAAAAGAGACGGCUGUUUGAAAGUUCAAAGGACACACAGAACAUUGUUUUGGCCAACACAGAGAGACUGCCCACAUUCGACACUCAGGCAAACGGCCGAUACCAGUCGACAGUGUUCACGGACCAGAGACCGAGGCUGACGUGCCUGGUAGAAGAGACUCAAGACCCCUUGCUGGAUUGCAGGCAGAGCAUGGGAGCAACGAAUAGCAGAGCCGAGCUGCAGGAGACGCGGCCGGCAGCGACUCGGGAUGCAAACGAGCCGGGCAGCUGGGCUGGGACACAGACACCCGAGGACGGAAUGUGCAACAUUAGACCACCAGCAGAGAGCCAAAAUGUGCAGCUGCACCUGGGCGUGCCGAAUAUGGUGGAGAACAGGAGUGCAGGGUUGAAAGAGCCCCUGAUUAUGGCCAUGAGAUCAACAGAGGGCCGACUGGAGGAAGAGACACACGGCAGCUUUGAGUCAACGGGAACGCCGUUCUUGCCGGCAAUGGGGACGGCCGAACAGCGGGCAUCGCCAGCCCUGCAGCACCUGGCCUGCCAGAGCGGGCCAUCCCCCAUACAGCUCAUGACUCCGCUGCUGUUACCAUUUGGAAUGGCGGGGGUGGGAGCCGGUCUGGGUGGCGGUGCGACGAGCAGAGUGGGGCACCCUCAAGGCUUGGUUCUCACACUGCCCUCACCUCGGAGCCUCACUACCACAGCAGCAGCAACAUCCAGUGGCCUCUUGGCGCUACCGCUACCGCUGCACAGCCUGCAAGCUACCUCCUCUCUCAGUACGCACCUCCAGCAUCUGCACCAGCUGCAGAUGCUGCACCAGCAGUCACAACAGAGCACCCCUCUGAGCUUCCAUUCCACUGCGCCGCCUAUCGUCGGUGCCCUUGGGCAGCCCUCUUGCAGCCAGGAUGGCGUCCUGCCAGAGACCCACAGUCACUCGCUCAGUUGCAUCAGCAGUGGCGGCGGCAGCGGAGGGACAUGCCCAGUGGCCGCAGUGGAAGACAAGCUCAAGUACAACAGAUUGCUGGCCAGCCAGAUAACACCGUCGGCUAUUGCAGCGAUGGCUGCCAGCUUCACUCCAUCCUCCAGCCAAAUACUGGCGAGCACCCUGCCCUGCCUGGCGGGGCUCACUGGACAACUGGUCACCACCGCUGAGGGCCAGAUGGCGGUCUUCUCGCACGGCCAGCUCUAUGUCGCCUUAUCUCGAUCCCGCAAUCCCAAACAGAUCAUCGGAGCCAUCCCCCUGGUAGGAGGUGCAGCUGGCACUGCGGCUGGCUCAGCGGGGAGUGGGGUUAUGGGCGGCCUGGCGGUGCAGUCCAUGACCCCACAGAUCCUGACCAAUGGACAGGGCCAGGUGGUGGCCACCGUCAUCGGCAACCAGAUCCUGCCCGUGCUCAAUCCACAGGGCAUCAUGCUGUCAGCCAUCAAGGCCAGUCAGCAGCAGCAACUCCAAGGGCAACACAGGAGCCAAGUUUCCCCGCAGCACACCCUGAUGGUCGGACCGAGCCAAGGAUCCCCAGUCCCACAGCCUCUCUCCCCAGCCUCGCCAAGCAUUGGGCCGGCAGUCCACAACCCCCAGGGUGCUUGCAGCGAUAUCGACAACGUGAAGCUGGAGGAGAUACGCGAGUUCGCUCGUGUGUUUAAGAUCCGCCGUCUCUCGCUGGGGCUCACGCAAACACAGGUUGGACAGGCCAUGAGCAGCACCGAGGCGCCCGCCUACAGCCAGUCUGCCAUCUGCAGGUUCGAGAAGUUGGACAUCACACCUAAGAGCGCGCAGAAGAUCAAGCCUGUGCUUGAGCGCUGGAUGACGGAGGCUGAGGCUCGGCAGCGCACCGGCCUGCAGAGCCUGAGUGACUUUGUGGGGAGCGAGCCAUCGCGGAAGCGCAAACGCCGCACCUCGUUCACGCCUCAAGCACUGGAGGCGCUCAACGCUUACUUUGAGCGCAAUACGCACCCGUCUGGCCAGGAGAUGACGGCCAUCGCCGAACACCUGUGCUACGAGCGCGAGGUGGUGCGCGUGUGGUUCUGCAACAAGCGGCAGAUGCUGAAGAACACCAUCAAGAGGCUCAAGACUCACGAGCAAACGUUGCCCAUGCCGGACAAUACGUUGGUCGUGGCCCCCGUGGAGCCGACCAUGGAUGGGGGUGACUCCAAACCAAAGAAGGCAUACACCUCUCGCCCGUCAUCGAGACCACUUCCCCCCAUGCUGUGAACAGAGGCGCGUGCGCAGCUUGAAGAACCGUCGAACGUGCACAGAAAGAUACGCAGCACUCACACUCUCGGUGCUGUGUGCUGCAUUGUGGUGUAGAGACCAACUUUAAAAAAGUAAAUUUAUAGACGGGGCAUGCUUUAUACCGUAUUCUUCAUAUUCUAAUAAACCUAGAGGCAAUCAAAUGAUAAACACAUUUUAUAAGUUUCACGUACCAUGUUCUUACAACACACAUUAACUGAACAAAAGACAUUAAACACAUUUGUGUCAUGUUGGCAGAUACUAAAGGACAAAGCACCUAUCGCUCUUAGCUACCAGAAAUGGCAUUGCAUUAUGCCAUCAAGAGUGACCUAUGCUUCUCAUUUCUAUGCAUAGCUUUACCUGCAGCUAAGCAUAUUUUAGAGGAAAACAUAUGACAUACACAUUUUAUCCCAGCGACUUAGAUAUUAAGGAUAUCCUCGUUUAUUUAAGGAAUAAUUGACCAUUAUUGUGAAGCAGUAUAAAAUAUAUUUUUGGUCUUUUUUAUAUUGUAUAUAUGGGAGGGUACCCUACUAAGAUCUACCUGUGAGGUAUAUCUUCACUGUUGCAGUGUGCAAGCUUUAACAUUACAAUUGUGUUGGUGAGAAGUUUCGAGCCAAAGAAAAGUCUAAAUAAACCAAAACCAACAUCACAAUGAGAAGCCACAGAACAAUCUUAACUCGUUUACAAAGCGGUGUAAUGAUUCUUCACGAGAGGAUGCUUGCGCACCAUUUUGGUCAGUUAAACAUGAGCUCAAUAUCGCAGAGGUUGUAUUUGUAUCAAAGGGAGACCCCGUGACAUGAAGAGUGUAACAUUCAUGAGAGCUUUAACCAAAAGAGUUCGUGUAGUUUUGCACAUGAAAUGCUACCUCCGUAGCAUUGAAUUCAUUUGGACUAAAGUGUUGUGCUCUGUGCAAUCAUUGACCACGCAAAACGAACUUCACGAGACUAUGUAACAAAACAUGUUUAGCUUUAAUAAAAUGUCUACAAGAAAAGCAAAACACAGGGCGUUAAAUACCUCAAUGCAGCCUGUCCUUCAAUUACGUACUGUAUCACCAAAAAUAUAUUUAUUUGCUCUUAAACAUAGUGUAUUUUUCCUGAACGGCAGGUGGCUCACUGCAAAUUGACUGUUUAUACCAAGGAGGAGAUUGCCUUUAAGGAACCGAAAAGUAAACCAAAAACGGCCCGAACAUUAAUGCAACUGUGAAGGAGUACGAUUAUUGCCGUCCAGUACGUUUUGGGGCUGUACCGCGUGUUGUUUGGCACGGUGUCCAACGUUUCGCUCCUCGCUCAAUUGAAAACUUCCUUUUAGUUUCUGAAAUCAGAGCUGUACAGCCCAACCGUGAAAAUGCACACAGAGGAGAUUGUGAAUAUUGAUCUGCUCUAUGUGCUCAGUGCUAACAUACAGCGGUGGGCUAUAUUUUGGAACAGCUAUUUAGAUAUUACGUGUGUUACAGUAUCGUAUGACAUUUGUAAUCCUCUACAAUUUCUAAUUUGAUCAUUGUAAUAAUAUUUAUAAAGUUGUAUAAUAUUUUGGAAGUAUUUCCUUUGAAGUACCUAAUUACCUAAAUGUGUGUGUAUAUAUGAUGUGUUAAUAUAAACAUAGGCAAAUAAGAAAUGUAAUUGGAAUUACUCUGAGCUGUGAUUUUUAAAAUGUUAAUACCAAAGUGUUGCUCUGCAUCCAGGAGAUGUAUACAAGUUAAAGCAACCAUUUCAGUAUGUUCUGUCUGAAGUAGUUUAUGGCAAAGCUUGCAUGCCAAAAAAUAGGCAAUUAAUGACAAACAAUUUCGACGUUUGCCCUUCUUACUACGGCACGCAAGCCAAAACAAUGUUGUUUUUAAAGUAACGUAAAUGUAUAUGUAUGCUGAGUCACACGUACAAAACUUGUGAGUAAAUUUAUUGAAUUAAUGUGACCUGAAAGUAUGUUGAACUUCUUUUGCACUGUACGAAGCCAACCACGCGAAUCUGAGUUGCGGGGUAAGGACAACUAAACACAAAAAGUAGUUCUAAUAAUAUAUAAUGUGUGGUGCCAACAUUAGGAUGAUACGCGCGUUUUAAAUGUCUCACGUUUUGUUCCCCGAGGUAUGCUUGAGUAUGGCGUGUGCGUGCGUGUGUCUGCGGUUGUGCACCUGUUCGCGUGUGAGAAGAGUAUUGUAUACGUGAGCAUGUCGUACGGCAUGGAAUAAUGUAAGGUCCCAACACUCCCCAAGUGUACAGAGUGCACAUUGUUCACUGGGUUGAAAAGGAACCAAAGCAAAUUGUAGAUUAGAUUUGUCAUUUUACGUAAUUACAUGACUGUAAUACUGUGUUUUCAAUCUAGUGAUUUUAACAAAAAUACCAUAGAGCAUUUGUAUAAUAAAUAUACA